CAGAGACUGAAAAUACUGUUGAGAAGACGACAAAAUGAGUAGUCGUCGAAAACGUGCGCCUCCAUCAAAAAUAGAUGAGGAGAAGAAGAAAAAGCUCUGCUGGAAUAUGCAUGAAGACCGGAGAAAUGAGGUGAUAACAUUAGAUGAUGAAAUGACUAAUGAGGACCACGUUUCAGGUCCAAGCACUUCUUCUGCAUCCUUCAUUGUUAUAAAUGAUGAUAGCACUGAUGAAGAUCUCAUUCAAAAAGAAGCCGGUGCCUCAAAAUCUGUUAAGUUUUUGACAGUUAACGAUGAAGAAGACUCUUAUUCCAUUCUGACUCCUGUGUCAGUACAGCUAAAUAUUAUAGUCUUGCCAUACCGUGAGGAUGGGUCCUGGAAAGCUUUGUUGGGAGAAUUUGCUCUUCAUCUUCCUUCUGAGCAAAUUCUAACUGAUGAAUUCCAUGAAAGGAGCUUUACUUUGAUGAGAGGAGACUCUGAUGAUCAGCUGCAGGUCUGUGUUCAUGAAAAAAGUGAAGAAGAGUACAGUAAUGAGACAAAAGAAUACCUGGGUGCUUAUGAACAGCGUAUUUUGGUGGAACCAACUUUAGGUGGUGAAAUAUUGGAAGGCUUGAGAUGGUUGCAAAAGAAAAAGAUAAUUGGACUUUAUCAAAGACCUGGAGAGGCUGAAGCUUUAAAGGUUGGAAUUUACCUUCUGGAAGCUGGGCUAAGUAAACCAGAGUUUCUCAGUGAUGGAGGUGGAAGACCCAAAAAAGCUAAUCAGCUGAUUCAAAAACUCAUGGAAAAGUUCUAUAGUUUUUUAAUUCCAGAUGAGCUGGAGGAAGAUGAGGAAGAAUCUGACAUGGAACUAGAGCGACAAAAUAUUGAAGAGCUUUAUGACUUCGUAAGGCACACCCAUCAGCAGGAUAUCCAGUUACUGAGAGAGGAUGUGCAGCACCCUGCAUUAAUUCCUAUUCUGAGGCCAUAUCAAAGUGAGGCUGUGAACUGGAUGCUUCACCGAGAGAACCUCACAAGCUCUCCAGCCAGUGAAGAUGCACUGCACUUCUUGUGGCGGGAGGUCAUCACUCUGGAUGGAGUAAAAAUCUACUAUAAUCCAUUUACUGGCUGUAUUAUCCGUAGGAAUCCGAUUGCUGGACCCCAGUGGCCUGGAGGUAUUUUGGCAGAUGAGAUGGGUCUUGGAAAAACAGUAGAAGUGUUGGCUCUUAUUCUGACUCAUACCCGACCAGACAUUAGACAAGAUGAUCUGACAUUACCUGAGGGUAAGCUCGUGAACUUCUUUGUUCCACCUCAACCUUUAGAAGGAAAUAAAAAGAAAAAACCAAAGGAAAUGGAGCUUAAAUUGAAGGAAAAAAUACAAUAUCCCAGCUUACGAGUGAUGAUAUUAGCAGCUGUAAAGGAAAUGAAUGUGAAGAAAGGAGCAUCCAUUAUUGCAAUAUUUAAGUACAUCAGUGCUAUAUAUAGGUAUGACAUACAGAGAAAUAGACGUCUUCUUAAAAGAACUCUAGAAAAACUAAUCACAGAACAAGUAGUAGAGCAAGUCAAAGGACAUGGUCUGGCUGGGUCUUUCAAGCUAGGAAAGAAUUACAAGGAACGGAAGAGGCGAGAAAGAACCAAAGAGCAGAUAGCAAAGACUUCAGAAAGCGUUCAGAAGAAGCAGUUGAUUGAUGCUAAAACUCAAACCAAAGAAUCAAGAAAUAGUGAUGUCACUUCUGAAAAUGUCCUUAAAAUCCCUUUACGGGUGGAUAUCACCAUGGAAGAACAUGAUUAUUGUACAACUAGCAAAAAUAACAGGAUAUCUGAAGCAGAUCGUGAGAACUCUGUAAAAGAGGAUAAUGUUCAGUAGGAAGCUGUGGUCCCAAAGCCUCCUGAUUUGCAUGGCAACCUCCUUGUCUCCAGUGAUGUGAGCAGUCAUCCCAAUUUUGGUGUUUCUAAAACUGCAGCUCAUGUCCAGCAGAAAAUCCCAAAGGACGAGUCCUCACAUUCCCAAGAACAUGCUGGCAGUAGCGUACAACACACCAGUUCUGUAUUUCCAUUUAAUACCUCUGAAUAUCGGUUUGAAUGCAUCUGUGGUGAGCUUGGAUUGGCUGACUAUAAAGCUCGUGUGCAGUGCCUGAAAUGUUACUUAUGGCAGCAUGCAGAAUGUGUAAACUACAAAGAGGAAAACCUGAAGAUCAAGCCCUUCUACUGUCCUCAUUGCCUCGUGGCAAUGAAACCCGUUUCCACAGGAGCAACUCUGAUAAUUUCUCCGAGUUCUAUUUGUCAUCAGUGGGUAGAUGAGAUCAACAGGCAUGUAAGAUCAUCUUCUCUUCGAGUUCUGGUGUACCAAGGUGUGAAGAAGCAUGGCUUUUUGCAGCCACACAUGUUGGCAGAGCAGGAGGUGGUUAUCACCACAUACGAUGUCCUCCGCACUGAACUGAACUACGUAGAUAUACCCCACAGUAACAGCAAAGAUGGGCGCCGCUUCAGGAACCAGAAGCGGUACAUGGCCAUCCCAAGCCCCUUAGUAGCAGUGGAGUGGUGGAGGAUCUGCCUUGAUGAAGCACAAAUGGUUGAAUGCACUACUGCAAAGGCUGCUGAAAUGGCACUCCGUUUAAGUGGAAUCAAUCGCUGGUGUGUCAGUGGCACUCCUGUACAGCGAGGGUUAGAAGAUCUGUAUGGAUUAGUCCUUUUUCUUGGAGUUGAUCCUUACUGGGUCAAACAUUGGUGGGACCAACUUUUAUAUCGACCUUAUUGUAGGAAAAAUCCUCGGCCUCUCUACAGUCUAAUUGCCAAGAUAAUGUGGAGAUCAGCAAAGAAGGAUGUGAUUGACCAAAUUCAGAUCCCCCCUCAGACAGAAAAUGUACACUGGCUUCACUUUUCUCCUGUGGAGAGACACUUCUAUCAUCGCCAGCACGAGGUGUGCUGCCAGGAUGCAUUGGCAAAACUCAGGAAGAUUUCAGACUGGACUCUUAAGCUUAGCAGCCUCGAUAGAAGGACUGUGACUUCUAUUCUGUACCCUUUGCUGCGGCUGAGGCAGGCCUGCUGUCAUCCACAAGCUGUUCGGGGAGAGUUCUUGCCGUUACAGAAAAGCACCAUGACCAUGGAGGAACUGCUAACAUCUCUGCAGAAGAAAUGUCGAACAGAGUGUGAGGAAGCUCACCGACAGUUGGUGUGUGCUCUUAAUGGCUUAGCUGGUAUCCAUAUCAUUAAAGGAGAAUAUGCAUUGGCUGCAGAGCUGUACCGAGAAGUGUUACGAUCAUCUGAAGAGCACAAAGAAAAGCUCAAAACAGAUUCUUUGCAAAGACUUCAUUCUACACACAAUUUGAUGGAAUUGUUGUUGGCAAAGCACCCAGGAAUUCCCCCAACUUUGCGUGAUAGCCGACUUGCAGAAGAGGCAGAACAACUUCGACAGCAUUAUAUGAGUAAAUCCAAUGCAGAAGUUGCCGAAGCCCAUCAGGCCUUACAGCCAGUUAUUCAGACCAUUCGGGAGCUCCAGAGAAAGAUACAUUCAGGUUCUCCGUGGUGGUUGGAUGUCAUCCAGACAGCAAUACAGUAUGCCAUUGAUGAGGAGCUUGUUCAACGUGUGCAAAAUGAAAUAGCCAGCAACUACAAACAGCAGAUUAAUAAACUCUCCAUGGCAGAGAAGUAA